AUGACAAAACAAAAGCUUCUGCUUGAUGGGACGCUCUCCUUGUUUCUGAUUGUGGCUUGUGAAGCUCAGCAGCUUCCAAGGAGUCAUGCUGCUAGUACUGGUCCUCUCUGUGAGAAGGAGGCAGAGUCCCGGGGAAACCUGUUCAGCAGUGAGCAGCUGGAUGCCUGGAUCUGUUCCCUCAUCGGUUCAUUCAUGGUGGGGCUCAGUGGGGUCUUCCCUUUGCUAGUGAUCCCAUUUGAGACAGGAGCCGCUCUGCGGACAGAAGCUGGAUCACACCGUUUGAAGCAGUUGUUGAGUUUUGCAAUUGGUGGUCUACUGGGGAAUGUGUUUCUGCACCUGCUUCCCGAAGCCUGGGCCUACAUGUGCAGUGCACCAACAGGAGAAGGGCAGAGCUUUCAGCAGCAGAAGCUUCUGGGGUUCUGGGUGAUCACUGGUUUCCUGGCCUUCCUGGUGCUAGAGAAGAUCUUCCUAGAGAAAGAAGAGAAGGAGUGCCCUGAUGUGGGCUGCAAUUCCAAAGCACCAGCUGGAAAGAUUCCCAAUGGAAGUGGCUACCCACUGCCAAAGGUGGCAGGCCAAUCCCAAAGAGCAGGAACAGAUUCGACUCACUGUAAUGGUUCCUCUCUUCAGUCUUGUCCAACAAGCAACAGAAUCAAGAUUAGUGGAUACCUCAAUCUCCUGGCCAACACAAUUGAUAACUUUACACAUGGCCUGGCAGUAGCAGCCAGUUUCCUGGUUAGCAGAAAGGUUGGGUUCCUAACCACAAUGGCCAUUCUCCUGCAUGAAAUUCCACACGAGGUUGGAGAUUUCGCAAUCCUACUUCGGGCUGGCUUUGACCGUUGGAGUGCAGCUAAGAUGCAGCUUUCCACAGCUCUAGGGGGGAUUCUAGGAGCCUGCUUUGCAAUAUGUGCCCAGUCACCAAAAGGAGCAGGGGAAACGAUAGCCUGGAUCCUCCCUUUCACUGCUGGAGGAUUUCUUUAUAUUGCCUUGGUAAAUGUUGUGCCUGAUCUCCUGGAGGAAAAGAAUCCUUGGAACUCCCUGCAGCAAAUUCUGCUCCUGUGUACAGGCAUUACAGUCAUGGUGCUACUCUCGCUCACAACUGAGUGACCUCUGCGCAGACCUCAUGAUGCUUCCCAGAGCCACCACAGUGACUCUGAGCUGUUACAAAGCAAUAAGGAACACUAAUGUUACUUCCUAUAUGUGUGCGUGCAGAUCUGGCUUCUAGUAUGAGAAGCAGGUGAGGAAGAGGUCUGGGCAUGUAGGACUUCAUUCCCUGGCUUUUCUAUCCCUGUUCUGCUAAAAUCCACACAUCAGGGCUUCUGGAUUUUUGGUUUGUUUCUUUU